AUGGACUUCAGUGAUGGGUUUGUAUCAAAAGAGCAUCGGGAGCUUCACCGAUCUGCUUCAGAAAGUGCAGAUCCAUUAUCUGUGUCUCCACUGCACAUUUCUCCAAGGUCUCCAAGGUCUCCAAAGUCCCCCAAAACUCCCAAGUCCCCCAAGUCUCCAAGGUCUCCAAAGAUGCAGGGCAAACAUGGAAAAGGAAGCUCACUCAAGCAAGAUAGACAUUCACAUUCUUCAGUAGAUGGGCGUCCUAAAAAGGGUGGUUCUGGGGGUAAAGGCACCUGGGGAGGGUUACUUGAUACAGAUGAAAAUGACGUUCUUGAUCCAAAUGACCCGAACUUCAAUAGCAGUGAGGAAUGUGAAAAUCCAAUUGCGAAAAAAGAGAGGGUCGACUUUGAGGAGUACAAAAAGAAAGCUACAAUAAUAGUGGAGGAAUACUUUACUACUGAUGACAUUACCUCAACUGCAAAUGAAUUUAGAGAACUUGAUAGACCUAACUACAGCUAUUAUUUUGUAAAGAAGCUUGUCUCUAAGGCUAUGGAUAGGCAUGACAAAGAGAAAGAAAUGGCUGCUGUUCUUUUAUCUGCACUAUAUGCUGAAUUCAUUGAUCCCCCACAAGUUUACAAAGGUUUCUGUAAACUGGUAGAAUGCGCAGAUGACUUGAUUGUGGAUAUCCCAGAUACCGUUGAUGUUCUUGCACUGUUCAUUGCCCGGGCUGUGGUUGAUGACAUACUUCCUCCUGCAUUCCUAAAAAAAGAAAUGAAUUACUUACCUAAAGAUUCAAAGGGUGUUGAAGUCUUGAAAAGAGCUGAGAAGGGCUACUUAGCAGCACCACUCCAUGCAGAAAUCAUUGAGCGGCGAUGGGGAGGUAGCAAAAAACGGACCGUUGAGGAUGUUAAGGCUAAGAUAAACAAUUUGUUGAUAGAGUAUAUAGUGAGCGGUGAAAAGAAAGAGGCAUGCAGAUGCAUCAAGGAUUUGAAAGUUCCUUUUUUCCAUCAUGAAAUAGUUAAACGAGCUCUUGUAAUGGCAAUGGAGAGGCGGCAAGCUGAAGGCCGGCUACUAGAUCUGCUGAAAGAAGCUGCUGAAGAGGGUUUAAUUAACUCAAGCCAAAUAUCAAAAGGCUUUGGUAGGAUGAUUGACUAUGUUGAUGACUUAUCACUGGACAUACCAAAUGCGCGGGGAAUUUUGCAGUCAUUGAUCUCUAAGGCAGCAUCAGAAGGCUGGUUGUGUGCUUCAUCUUUGAAGUCACUCUCUUUGGAGCCAAAAAAGCGAUCAUUAGAAGAUAGUGUUGCCAGAAUUUUCAAGACAAAGGCUCAAUCCAUUAUUCAAGAGUACUUCUUGUCUGGGGAUAUCUUAGAGGUAAACAGUUGUCUAGAGUCAGAGAACAGUACUUAUUCGUCUGAGCUGAAUGCUAUCUUUGUUAAAAGAUUGAUAACUCUAGCAAUGGAUCGGAAGAAUAGGGAGAAGGAAAUGGCAUCAGUCUUACUGUCAUCCCUGUGUUUUCCAGCUGAUGAUGUUGUGAACGGGUUUGUAAUGCUGAUAGAAUCAGCAGAUGACACAGCUCUGGAUAAUCCAGUUGUGGUUGAGGAUCUUGCAAUGUUUCUUGCUAGAUCUGUGGUGGAUGAAGUCCUAGCCCCACAACACUUGGAAGAGAUUGGAAGUCAGUGCGCCGCACCGGAGUCCAUUGGGAGCAAGGUUCUUAAAAUGGCAAAGUCAUUGCUAAAGGCUCGACUUUCUGGGGAGCGGAUACUAAGGUGUUGGGGUGGUGGAGGAAGCAGCAGACCUGGAUGGGCAGUUGAGGACGUUAAGGACAAGAUUGGAAAGUUGCUAGAAGAGUUUGAGUCUGGAGGGGGUGUCAGAGAGGCUUGCCGGUGCAUGAAGGAAUUAGGCAUGCCAUUUUUCAAUCAUGAGGUUGUCAAAAAAGCUUUGGUGGCAAUUAUGGAAAAGAAGAAUGAAAGACUUUGGAUUUUGCUUGAGGAAUGUUUUGGCUCUGGACUCAUAACAAUGAACCAAAUGACAAAGGGGUUUGGGAGAGUAGCAGAGUCUCUAGAAGACUUGGCUUUGGAUGUCCCUGAUGUCCAGAAACAGUUUACCCGUUACGUUGAGCGAGCAAAGAAUGCAGGGUGGUUGGAUUCCUCAUUUAGUUUCAGCAAAUCAGGACACGUUACGGAGAAUGGCACUGGUUAA